AUGACUGAGACUGUUAGUGCAAAAGAGAUGACUGAGACUGAUAGUAUGAAGGGGAUGACUGAGACUGAUAGUAUGAAGGGGAUGAUUCAGACUGAUAGUAUGAAGGGGAUGACUGAGACUGAUAGUACAAAGGGGAUGACUGAGACUGAUAGUACAAAGGGGAUGACUGAGACUGAUAGUAUGAAGGGGAUGACUGAGACUGAUAGUACAAAGGGGAUGACUGAGACUGAUAGUACAAAGGGGAUGACUGAGACUGAUAGUAUGAAGGGGAUGACUCAGACUGGUAGUAUGAAGGGGAUGACUCAGACUGAUAGUAUGAAGGGGAUGACUGAGACUGGUAGUACAAAGGGGAUGACUGAGACUGGUAGUACAAGAGGGAUGACUCAGACUGAUAGUAUGAAGGGGAUGACUCAGACUGAUAGUAUGAGGGGGAUGACUCAGACUGAUAGUAUGAAGGGGAUGACUGAGACUGGUAGUACAAAGGGGAUGACUGAGACUGAUAGUGCGAAGGGGAUGACUCAGACUGAUAGUAUGAAGGGGAUGACUCAGACUGAUAGUAUGAAGGGGAUGACUGAGACUGGUAGUACAAAGGGAUGA